AUGACCCCCGCCGCCCGCGCGCUGCGUGCGGAAUCCGUGCCUCUGCCGUGCUUCGCUGUGGAAACACGGUUUCAGGACCUUAAAACAUCUAAGGACAGUAUGUCUGAAAAGCAGAAAAUUAAGAGGAGAAGCACAGAAGGUCAUGGAGCUGUUGUUGCUCUUCCAAAUGCAGAUGAGAUAGUGAAAGAAAUCUGUGAUUCAUACAAAGUUCUAGGAAAAAGUAGCCAAAAAACACCAACAACCAGACUGUGGCCAGAUAAACAAGUGGCACAUUGUCAAAGUAAAAAGCAGUUAACAUUACAGAUGGGACAGCACACCUCUCUACCUUUCCUGCUGAAGAAAGAGAUCAUAAGGCAUGGCUUUGACUUCAGCUUUCUGCUACAGGCCUCAUGCCCAGAAUCCAACAUUCCAAAAUGCUUUAAGGAUAUGCAUCAAAGGUUUAAUAUAGCAAUACUAGAAAACAGGAUCAAGAGGUCUGAGUUCCAUUUGCCACCAGUGACAUUUCAGCCUGUAAGAACCAUUCAUCUUGCUCCUCUAGAUGAUAUUUUUGUCAAUAAGCACACCAAGAUCAGAAAUAUUUUGAGUAUUAUGAAGUCUAUUUCUCAGCCUAUAAAAUCAGCUACUAAAUUUUAUCAGUAUCAGUUAGGCAAUAUAGUAAUAAGACAAGCUGAAAAGUCUUCAGGUGUGAUUGUGGCUACUAUUUCUGAGAAGUUCGCUCCAACAGAAGGCCUGUACUGCUUCAGCAAGAAUAAAUAUUAUGAGUACCCUAACAAUAAGAAAGAAGGAAUUGAAAACAAUUUGAAAUGGACAGAAGAUGAGGCAGCUGCCAAUACUGAAAAGAAUGACCAGAAGUCCCAGUUUUCAGUGGCUUAUGAGAAUGUAGAUAUUGUGAUCCAAGACAAUCUUUGUGACUCUUGUCUUUUUUACCUGAACUCAAAUAAUGCUGUGAAAAACUGUAGAAUAUCCACAGCUCUGUGUCCUGUGUCAAAAAACACUGAUAUUUUAAGAGCUGGUGAGCAGGAAGAAAGAGAGGAGAAUUCCUGUAAAACUGAUAUAGAAGAAAACGUUACAGACAUAAUACUGCACUGUAGACCAUGUGAAGAUGCUGAGGGUGAACCCGUCAUGCUUAGUGAUUGUAAUUUAGAUUCUUUGUGUAAAAAUGAAGUGAUUGAGUCCUGCCAUGUCCUAGAAUAUAAUUCUGUAGCUGCUGUAAUUCCUGGAGAAGUGCAAGAUUGUUCUGGAAAACAAACAGAAAAUAAUAUGUGUCUUCUCAAGUUUGAAAUGGAAAAUGAAGCAAUGUCAGAAGUGACUGCAAAAGGUCAAAGUGAGCUCGUUCCUGUUGUCCAUGUUACUUUCUCUGAACAAGAACUACCUACGAAACCACGCAUUGCUAAACAUCCUGCCAAAAAAAGGAGCACUGUUCGUAGCCUGCCUCCUCACGUCAGUCAGAGCUUCAAUGUUCUUGCUCGCAAAGACAGUGACAAAAGUGAGAUAAAGUUGAAUAGAAACAAAUGUUCAUCAAAAUCUAAAAUGAGUAGCAAGACAAGGACACCUGAAGGCUUAGUUAUUUCUGAGGAGAUUUCCAUAAAACAUAAUACACAAAAGAGGAAUGCCAAGAGGCAGAUUUUUCCGUCUUUGCAACUGCCAUGUGUGGGUUCUGAGACUCUCCUGAAGUGUCAAAAAAAAAUACCUCAAGCCAACAAAUGUAAUUUUCUUCAGAGUUUUCAGAAAGUUAAAAAGCAAAGUUCUUCCUGCAGUUGCAAAAAUCUAGUUAUCUCAAAGAAACCUGUUACUCCGCUUUCUCUACAAUAUGCACAAUCUGCUUCAGAGUUUGUACAACUGAAAUACAGUGAUAUGUUCAAGAAAAUAAAUUCAAAUGACAAAGGCCCAGAUGUUUAUGAAAUGUUUGGAACUCCUGUCUAUUCCCACGUGCGCCAGCUUGAUCAUCUUGAGAACAGUUUUUACAGAGAUGUUUGUUCUGCUCCACCUGGGGGAUGCACUGGUAGCACCUGCAGUUCUACCUGCAGUAAAAGAAGAGACAGCAGCCGAAUAAGAAAUACUCAAAAGAGAACACAUUCUAAGCCAAAGAAGACCAUAUCUGUCACUAAACAAAAGCAGAAGGGCUUACAUGCAAACAACAACAGUAUUGAAUUGAGUGAUAGCAACACUGAGCAAGAUAAUGUAAUAUCUUCUGGUCCGGAUUGUCAAAUACAAACUUCAAGUAGCGUGACAUUGUUUCAUGGAGACACAGAUCAUCAGCUUAUAUUUUUAGAAGAGCUUCCAGAAUCAAUCAAGCCAAACGAAAUUCUUUCAGAUUUAAAGUUAUCAACUAUUAAAGAAGCCUCUUUGGAGCAGUCUCUAGACAGUCAGGCUCUACCCAACCAUCAGAUAGCUGCUUCCUGUAGCCAGGGUCUUCUUCAGCCCAACGAUAAAGUCUGCACAGAAUGUGCUGCUCUAUGUAACAAUUUAAUAACAGCAGACCAGAACAUCUGUGUACCCCAGUACGGAGUGGAUAUGAAUGGCUGCAAAAGCCUGGAAUCAGACCGGGCCUCCUUCAAGAUUCUAAAUCAAGGAGAAGCAUUGCCCUUUUCAGAUAGACAGGAGUGUCAAUUCCUUACAAACAAAUUAAGUCACAGUUGGUCAUUCACACCUCAGAACAGUAUUUUGGCAAAUGAACUCAUUCAGCCUUCAAUGAUUCAGACAACAAAUGUUACAAGCCCCAGUUUCCAGACAAGUCGAAACAUUUUGUCUUGGGCAGGUAAUAAGGAUGUAACCGAUGAGUUGCUUUGUUGUCUGGCUGCAGAAUUGCUAAUGCUCGAAGAUAAAGACAUCAGUUCUUCAAGAACAAAAUAUGCAGGUUCUAAAAUGCAGAAUACCUGUACUAAAGAAGAAGGAAAAAUAAUGAACAGAGAUGGAGAAAUAGUAGAUAAUGAUCUAGAGAAGAGUUACAGAAAAUCCUUUCUGGCAUCAAGUGAAGAAAGUGGACUGCUGAACUUUGAGGAAUCUACUCAAGUACCAGGAAGCAAUGUAAAUAACAAAGACACUAUCAUGUGGACAAGAGGUGAAGUCCUUGGAAAGGGAGCCUAUGGCACAGUGUACUGUGGACUGACAAACCAGGGACAGUUAAUAGCUGUAAAGCAGGUUGUUUUGGAUACGUCGGAUCGACUGACUACAGAAAAGGAGUACCAGAAGCUGCAUGAGGAAGUUGAUCUUCUGAAGACAUUGAAGCAUGUCAAUAUUGUAACUUACUUAGGAACUUGUCUGGAAGACAACAUUUUAAGUAUUUUCAUGGAGUUUGUUCCUGGUGGCUCAAUUUCCAGUAUUCUUAAUCGUUUUGGUCCGUUGCCAGAAAUUGUCCUUUGUAAAUACACAAAACAAAUUCUAGAGGGGGUUGCAUAUUUACAUGACAAUUGUGUCGUUCAUAGAGAUAUCAAGGGCAAUAAUGUUAUGCUCAUGCCAAACGGAAUAGUGAAGCUAAUUGACUUUGGCUGUGCCCGGCGUUUAGCUUGGGUCAGCCUCAGCGGCACACACAGCGAGAUGCUCAAGUCUGUGCAUGGGACUCCAUAUUGGAUGGCACCAGAAGUUAUCACUGAAUCUGGAUAUGGGAGGAAAUCAGACAUCUGGAGCGUCGGCUGCACAGUGUUUGAGAUGGCAACAGGAAAACCACCACUGGCUUCCAUGGACAGGGUAGCAGCCAUGUUCUAUAUUGGAGCUCACAGAGGACUGAUGCCUUCCCUACCUGAUCGAUUCUCUGGAACUGCAGUGGACUUUGUGCACGCAUGCUUAACCAGAGAUCAACAUGAACGCCCUUCUGCUCUGCAGCUGUUGGACCAUCCCUUUUUGAAAGGAAGACAGUGAAUCGUUCAGACCUCCUGUCAACAUCCUUGGAGUGGGUACUGAAGCUUGCCUUUAUGGAUCCACUGCCCCAGAUUCCUUAGAAGACCUGUG